AUGGUAGCAGCUAUAAAUCAAACUGAAGAACUUCAGAAAUAUAAAUAUGUAUCUUGCUUUGCCCAUACGUUAAACUUGGGAGCUGAAGUAGCUACAGGACACCCCACAGUUUCACCACUUAUUUCCAAAGUUAGAGAAAUUGUGAAGUGGGUAAAAGAAAGUGUGAUCAAUGAUCAAAUUCGUCAAAAACAAAGGGAGUCAGGAAUCGAAGGAGAUUUAAACAAAAUUAUUCUGUAUGGUAAAACACGCUGGAAUUCAAUGUUUUAUAUGAUAGAAAGACUCUUAGAGCUGCAAGAGGUGGUAAAUCCAAUUUUAUUAAAAACGAUCCGUAUGUAUCGAUUGUAG